UUCUCCCAUAUAACAACCUCACUUUCUCUCUUAUUCCACCUAGCUCCUUUGCUAAUUACUCUACUCACCCUUCAUUUUAAUUUCUCAUAUACAUAAGUUUUUGUUCAUAUCUUGUGCAUAACCUCUAGCUAGCCAUGGUCUCCGCGGAUGCUGCUCGGACUGUUGUUGGAAUCAUAGGAAAUAUUAUUGCACUCAUCUUGUUCCUGUCCCCAGUGCCAACAUUCACUAUAAUAUGGAAGAAGAAGUCUGUGGAACAAUUCUCACCAGUGCCCUAUCUGGCCACUCUCUUCAACUGUGGCAUGUGGAUUCUGUAUGGUCUUCCAUGGUUUCAUCCCCACAGCUUCUUGGUCCUCACGAUUAACGGCUCCGGAUUCGUGAUCGAGCUCGUCUACUUGAUGAUUUUUCUGAUUUACUCCGAUAAAAAGAAGAGGAAGAAUGUUAUGCUCAUAGCAUUAGCUGAACUCGCUUUUGUCGGAGUUGUGGCACUUAUGGUUCUCACCUUAGUUGAUAGCAUGAAGCUCCGGACGACAAUCAUAGGAAGCAUAUGCAUGGUUGGUUGCUUUCUCAUGUACGCCUCACCAUUAGCUGUCAUGAAACUGGUGAUUACAACAAAGAGUGUGGAGUAUAUGCCAUUUUUCCUCUCCCUAUUUUCUUUUCUCAAUGGGGUUGCUUGGACUGCUUAUGCACUCAUCAAAUUCGAUCCUUAUAUCGCUGCACCUAAUGGGCUGGGCGCACUGCUUGGAGUGGCCCAAUUGAUCCUGUAUGCCACCUUUUACAAGUCAACAAAACAGCAAAUGGCUGCAAAACAGAGCAAAGUUGAGUUGGGUUUAUCAGACCAAUAUAUAGCACCUGUGUCUUCAACUGAUCCCAAGAAGCUUCAGAAUGGUGCUCAUGUCUGAUCUGUGUGGACUCAGAGUGAAAAACCGAAGUAAUAUGUACUUUUUGAGACCUAUAUUUUGUCCCAAAACAACCAAAAAUACCAGAGUGACAAAAAAGAAUGUUGCUUGUAAACCUUAAGUGAUAAAAGUGACCAUUGGAGGUCUGGUACUCAGGUCACCAGCAGCGGUUUUCACCGUAUCUGUAAUUCAUCCGUUUCGCUUGUAUGAUUAAGCAUUUCUUUUGGUGCUCUAA